AAGAAGUUGAAUGAGCACUAUAUGAAAUGUCUCUGGUUUUUCCUUGGUGCUGAAAGGGGACCAGGACCAAAGUGUUCCUCGUUUGAUGAGAAGACAACCUGAAGAAUUGCGGCUUCAUAAACUCACAUUAAAACCACUCCCUACUCGAUUUCUCUCCCUUUCACUUUCCUGCAUUUUCCCGAGAAAUUUUCACCUGGUCUAAUAUGGUAACUGCAUCUGAUGUGUCCUCCAAUUACAAUUAACUCUGAAAGUGGAUAUCUAAGCCCAGAACAGGCUUGUAAUCCCUGGUUUUUGGUACUUAGCUAGGAGGGGGGAAACAAAUAUUACACUUCUAUUAAGUAAAAGUUUUCCUCAGUAUUUUUCCUACAGUCUGAUAAGAGUUUACCUUUUGCUUCAGAUGGCAUCAGUUAUCAUUGACUUCUGACUUUUGUUUAUUCAACAAGAAUAAAUAAAAAGUUACUCUUAUGUUCAUGGUUGGUUUCGUACUAGUCUUGUGUCCUGCUCAAGUGCCAUGAAAUUGAGGUCCAGGGCUAUGGAUUUGCUCAUGUGAUGAUCAAAAUGAAGAAAUGGUAUGGUGGAGUUCUUAUUGCCUCUUCGUUUAUGUUGUUCACGCUACUGUUCCUUAGAUAUGGAUUUAUGAAAAACCCUAUUGGGGAAGGUUAUCAGAAUAUAACUGUCAUUGUUAAUGGUUCUAAUCCUCUACAAUGGAUAAAUCCUGAGGUUUCACCUGCCAUUCAAAAUCGAGAGAGUGCUAUUCAUGCGAUUUCUGCUGAUGUUGUACUGUCCAGCCUCUUCUCUAAGAGCAACUUCACCAAGGAAGGGCUACAAGCUCUGCAGACAUGGAACCAAUUAAAUCACUUGCUUGAUAAUACUCAGGGUUUACCUAAUGCAGCAGAAGCUAUCAAGGAAGCUGUGGGUGUAUGGAAAAAUCUUAUAUCCUCACUUGAAGAAGAAAGAAAAGGUGGUGUAAAUGACAGUCUAAAUGGGAGAAGGAAAGAGAAACAAUGUCCUCAUUUUCUAAAUAACAUGAAUUUCACAGAGCAUGAUAAUAAUAGUUAUAAAUUGCGAGUUCCUUGUGGCCUGACACAGGGUUCUUCCAUCACUAUCAUUGGCAUUCCAAAUGGUCUUCUUGGAAACUUUCGGAUUGACUUGACAGGAGAGCCACUUCCUGGGGAGCCUGACCCACCAGUUAUUUUGCACUAUAAUGUCAGGCUUCACGGUGAUAAAAUUACUGAAGAUCCUGUCAUCGUCCAAAACACCUGGACAGUAGCUCAUGAUUGGGGAGAAGAGGAGCGUUGCCCAUCCCCUACUCCAGAAAAGAUUACAAAAGUUGAUGAGUUGGAGCAGUGCAAUAGGAUUGUAGGGAGGAACACAAACCUUUUCCAUCCCCAAGACCUCUAGGAGAUUUUCGUGACUGAUGAACGAUCAAAAAAUAGAACAUACUUUCCGUUUAAGCAAGGUUAUCCAUUUGCUGCAACUCUUAGAGUGGGAUCAGAGGGAAUCCAGAUGACAGUUGAUGGAAAGCACAUAACAUCAUUUGCUUUUCGUGAAACUUUGGAGCCAUGGCUUGUUAGUGAGAUGAGAAUUUCUGGAGACCUCAAGCUUGUUUCUGUUCUUGCCAGUGGUUUGCCCACAUCUGAAGAUUCAGAGCACGUCAUUGAUCUAGAAUCAUUGAAAUCAAAACCUAUACCUGUGCAAAGGCCAUUGGAUCUCCUCAUUGGUGUUUUCUCUACAGCCAAUAAUUUUAAGCGCAGGAUGGCUGUUAGGAGGACCUGGAUGCAGUAUGAUGCAGUCCGAUCAGCCAAAACUGCAGUGCGCUUCUUUGUUGGUUUGCAUAAAAACCAAAUAGUUAAUGAAGAACUGUGGAAAGAAGCAGAGACUUAUGGAGACAUACAACUGAUGCCAUUUGUUGACUACUACGGCCUUAUCACCUGGAAAACAUUAGCAAUUUGCAUAUAUGGGACAGAGGUUGUUUCAGCAAAGUUUGUCAUGAAGACAGAUGAUGAUGCGUUUGUUCGUGUGGAUGAAGUGCUUGCUUCAUUAAAUAGAAUCAAUGUGGCAACUGGGUUACUCUAUGGUCUCAUCAAUUCAGAUUCUCAUCCUCACCGUCAUACAGAUAGCAAGUGGCACAUCAGUCCCGAGGAAUGGCCUGAAGCAUCUUAUCCCCCAUGGGCACAUGGUCCAGGCUAUGUCAUCUCACAUGAUGUAGCAAGGACGGUAUACCGGAAAUACAGAGAGGGCCAUUUGAAGAUGUUCAAGUUAGAAGACGUGGCAAUGGGCAUCUGGAUAUCGGAGAUGAAGAAGGAAGGUCUAGAAAUUCGGUACGAGAAUGACGACAGAGUUAAUAACGUGGGCUGCAAGGAUGGUUAUGUGGUUGCACAUUAUCAAGGACCAAGAGAGAUGCUGUGUCUGUGGCAGAAGCUUCAACAAGGAAAAGGCGCACAGUGCUGUGGUGAUAGAAGAAGAUGAUUCCAAACUUGACAGACCAGAAUGUAACGUUCAACGUAAGUAACCCACAGAACGACACUGAAAUGACUAGCCUGUUAACAGAUCAUUAGGAUUUGGAAGUAGUUGUAGGGUAUAUUUUUGCUCAGAAUUUCUUUCAAGAUUCUAGUGAAGAUUAGAUUAAUUUGUCCCUUGUAGAUAGAGAGAGAGAGAGAGGGAGGGAGGGAGGGAGGGAGGGAGAUUCUUGUAUAGAGUUUAGAGCCGCACCCCAGUAGCGGAUAAGUUGGAUCCAGAUCCUCUCAGCAGCAGCGUGCCUCAGCAUGCCAAAUCUCAGCCCUUCAAUAAAUAUCCAAUGUCCUUUAUUUUGCCACAUCAUCUCAUAUAAAAAUAAUUUUAUUUUAAAAAUUAAUUCUUUUAACUUGUUCUAAAAAAAAUUCUCUUUAAUUUUUUUUUUAAAUAGAUCAGGCUAGAGUUUGAACAAGUUUGACCAUUAGUAUCUACUUAUAGUUGACUCACUUUGCAAAUUUUUAUUAAAUAGAUCAUGUCAGAGUUUGACUAAAUCAGGCUGUAAGUACUUGCUUAAAGUCUAACUUACUCUGUAGCUUUUUUUUUAAACAUAUUUUUAUUAAAUAAGUCAAGUUAGAGUUUGAAUAAGUUGGAUUAUGAGUUCUUUUGUGAAAAUCUGUAGAGUAAUUUUUUAGAACAAGUUUUUAAAAUAAAAAAUGAAAUAAAAAAUUAUUUUAAUGAAAGAAUUAAUUUUUAAAGUAAAAUUGUUUUUAUAUGAGAUGAUGUGACAAAAUAUGAUACAUUGAAUAUUGAAUGAAGGGUUGAGAUUUGGGACGUUGAGGGACGCUGCUUCUGUGAGGAUCUGGAUCCCAGAUAGGUUAUGUAAGAUCUGUGAAAUCUACUACACUUUUUUGGUUAGAUUCAGGACAGGUAAGCGAGGAACUUCAAAUUUUGAAUUCUUUCUUUCAUGACGCAUAUCACAAGUAUUAUUCUCUUUACUAUUAA